AUGCCUUCCAAAAAAUCCAUACAAGGAUUCAAGAACGUCGAUCGAGUUUCAAUUGAAGCGCCCGGGUUAUCUCCACAGUCAAAUCACAAUUCCUCAUCCGAUGACGAACAAGAUGAGCAGGAUGACAUUUCGCAAUCCGAUUCAGAUUCAGAUUCAGAUUCUUUAGACAGUCAAGCUUCACGGAAACGGCGUAAAACAUCCCCCCAGGAGCCAACGCAAAAAGAUAUCCCCUUGAUUGCUACCACAUCUGUUCCUUCGCGGGUGAAGGUUAAAUCGCAAAAAAAUUCUCUCGAUGCCAAAAAUGUUAGCAAUGGCGCAAUAUUGGCUCCUACAGAUGCGCAAACCACUUUUGCUGCCUUGGAUGUGAAGCCAUGGUUGGUGGGAUCGCUGGGAUCUAUGGCUAUCAAGCGGCCUACAGGAAUUCAAAAGGGCUGCAUACCAGAAAUAUUAAAGGGAAGAGACUGUAUAGGAGGUAGUCGCACAGGUUCUGGAAAAACAGUGGCAUUUGCUGUUCCAAUCCUACAAAAAUGGGCUGAAGAUCCUUUCGGGAUCUUUGCUUUAGUGCUUACUCCCACGAGAGAAUUGGCAUUACAAAUUUACGAGCAAUUCAAAGCGAUCUCAUCUCCCCAAUCUCUCAAGGCUGUCCUGAUAACGGGAGGCUCGGACAUGCGACCCCAGGCAACGGCCCUUGCUCAACGACCACAUAUUGUUAUCGCAACCCCUGGUAGAUUGGCAGAUCAUAUUCGAACCUCGGGCGAAGACACAAUCGGUGCUUUACGUAGGGUGCGCAUGGUGGUUCUUGAUGAAGCGGAUCGAUUACUUGCAUCCGGUAGCGCAGGAAGUAUGCUACCAGAUGUUGAAGAAUGUCUAUCUAUCCUUCCACCUCCCGCCAAACGACAAACCUUAUUGUUCACGGCUACAGUCACUCCAGAAGUGCGAGCUUUGAAGGACAUGCCUCGCACACCAGGAAAGCUUCCAGUUUUUGUUUGCGAAGUGGAUACACAGGCUUUGGCAAUUCCACCUUCCCUCAAUCAAAUGCAUCUGCAGGUACCGGUAACACAUCGAGAACACUAUCUGCACAUGUUCCUACUUACUGAGAAAAAUCUACCAAAAUCUAUCGUUAUCUUUUGCAAUCGAACCGCUACUGCCGAUUACCUUACCCACUUAUUGCGACUUCUAGAUCAUCGAGUCACGGCCCUCCAUUCUAAACUUCCACAAAGACAAAGAAUUGAUAAUUUGGGUCGAUUCCGUGCCUCUGCGGCCAGAAUUCUAGUCGCGACUGAUGUAGCUGCUCGUGGUCUUGAUAUUCCAGAGGUGGGUUUAGUAAUUAACUACGAUAUUCCUAGAGAUCCAGAUGACUAUAUUCAUCGAGUUGGUCGUACAGCCAGAGCUGGAAGAAAAGGAGAAGCCGUUUCAUUCGUAGGCCAAAGAGAUGUACAGUUGAUACAGGCCAUUGAGAGUAGAGUAGGAAGACAGAUGGAAGCUUGGGCCGAAGAUGGCGUAAAUCUGGAAACGAGAGUAAUCAGAGAAUCGCUGAAGUUAGUAGGAGAGAAGAAACGUGAAGCUAUGUUAGAAAUUGAGGAAGGAAGGGAAGUUGGUGGAAAGCGAAAGAGGGGCAUGAAAAAGCUGAGUUGA